UUCUCUCCAUCUCCUCAUCGAGGUCCCCACUCACCAUCACCUCCCCCACCAAACCCUAGAAACCCUCGUGCGUCUCCGGUCUCCUUCUCUCGCCUUCAAUGGCACCCAUCGAUCUCCCUUGCGACAUCGAUGGCGUCUGCAUGGUCUGCAAGAAGCUUGCCUCCGAGCUGGAGACCAUCCCGUGCCGCACCUGCGCCACGCCGUGGCAUGCCCCUUGUCUCUCGCAGCCACUGGGUUCUGUGCUCUCCGCUUGGCUCUGCCCUGAUUGCUCUGCUUCUCCGGUAGACCUCUCGCCAGCAGCAGCGCAGCCGAUUGGAGGAUCUGGGGGUGGAUUGGUUGCUUCGAUUAGGGCGAUCGAAGCUGAUGGAUCUCUCACGGAGAAGGAGAAGGCUCGGCGCCGGCAGGCGAUUGUUGGUGGCGGUGAUAGAAUGGGGGAGGACUCGCAGGAGGUGGAGAACGGAGGAAAUGAAGCUUUUGAUCUUCUUGAUGAAAAGUUUAACUGCUCUUUUUGCAUGCAAUUGCUCGACAGGCCUGUGACGACACCAUGUGGGCACAACUUCUGUCUAAAAUGUUUUCAGAAAUGGAUUGGACAAGGUAAACGCACCUGUGCUAAGUGUAGAUCUCCUAUACCGUCAAAAAUGGCAUCCCAGCCAAGAGUUAAUUCAGCACUUGUUGUUGCUAUCCGGGUGGCAAGGACAGCAAAACCAGCUGCAUCAAGCAGCCAAUUGAAGGUGUACCAUUUUAUUAGAAAUGAGAACAGACCUGAGAAGGCGUUUACGACAGAAAGAGCUAAAAAGGCUGGGAAAGCUAAUGCUUGCAGCGGGCAGAUCUUUGUAACCGUGCCACCUGACCAUUUUGGUCCAAUCCUUGCGGAGCAUGAUCCUAAAAGAAACAGGGGGGUGUUAGUGGGUGAGUUGUGGGAAGAUCGACUGGAAUGCCGCCAGUGGGGUGCACACUUGCCACAUGUUGCUGGGAUUGCCGGCCAAUCUGAUUAUGGUGCUCAAUCUGUUGCACUUUCAGGGGGCUAUGAAGAUGAUGAAGAUCAUGGGGACUGGUUCCUGUACACUGGAAGUGGUGGAAGGGACUUGAGCGGGAAUAAGCGGACAAAUAAGGAGCAUGCCUUUGACCAAAAAUUUGAGAAAUAUAAUGAGGCACUUCGAGUGAGCUGUAAAAAAGGCUUCCCUGUUAGAGUGGUUAGGUCACAUAAGGAGAAGCGUUCUGCAUAUGCCCCUGAAUCUGGCGUGAGAUAUGAUGGAAUUUACAGAAUUGAGAAAUGCUGGCGCAAAGUGGGAAUUCAAGGUUUUAAGGUUUGCAGAUACUUAUUUGUUCGGUGUGACAAUGAACCAGCACCAUGGACAAGUGAUGAAAAAGGUGAUCAUCCAAGACCACUACCUGCCAUCAAGGAAUUGAAGCAUGCAACUGACGUCACUGUGAGGAAGGAAAGACCUGCAUGGGAUUAUGAUGAAGGUCAUGGUUGGAGAUGGACAAGGUCUGCUCCACAAAGCAGAAAGGCUAUAAUCACUGGACAUUCAGGAGAAAAAAGAAAAGGACGGCCACUAGCUAAUAAAGCCUCCAAGAUGAAGAGGAUGGUUAAAGAACUUAGCUGUGAAAUAUGUUGGAAACUGAUGAGUUUUCCGCUUACCACUCCCUGUGCUCAUAACUUUUGCAAGUCAUGUUUGCUUGGUUCAUAUACUGACCAAUCAUUUGUGCGGGAGAGGACGAGAGAAGGAGGACGAACCCUUCGAACACAGAAAAUUGUCAAGAAAUGCCCUUCUUGUCCAAAUGACAUAUCAGAUUUUUUACAAAAUCCACAAGUUAACAGGGAGCUUAUGGAUCUAAUAGAUUCUAUAGAAAUGAAGUCCAACGAAGAAAAUGCCGGAUCAAGUGAGGAAGGAAGUGAUGUACUGGAUAAAUCUGAAGAGGAUGGAAAGGUGUCGGAUGAAAGUGCUCCAAAUAAUGAUGAAACCAAAGCUACAGAUAAGCAAAUCAACCAAAUGGAUGGAACAGCAUUGAAUGAGAUAACAUCACAUGAUGGAGAUUCACUUGUUAAUGCUGUUAAUUCUAAAACAGAGGACGCCAAGGAAGAAAACCCAACUACGGCUGGCAGAAUUACCAGGGCUUCCAAGAAGAGAAAAACAAAUACUGAGAAAGAAAACCCAAGUACGAUCGGCAGAAUUACCAGGGCUUCCAAGAAGAGAAAAACAAACACUGAGGAAGAAAACCUGAGUACUGCUCGCAGAAUUACCAGGGCUUCCAGUAAGCUGAAACAAGCAGAGAAUGAAAAAUCAAACACGCCUGCCAGAAUUACUAGGGCUUCCACUAAAAGGAAUGCAAAUGCAGUUCAAAAUCAGGCUACCCGCUAAGAAGACCCUAAAAAGCUAGAUCUUGUCAAUCUUAGUACCUCUGCGAGUUUGAACAUGUGAAUUUUGUAACGGGAGAACAUGGGUAGAAAGGUGUUUAAUCUUAAAUUAUCUGAACUGAUCUGUUCCAUCUUAGAAUCUUAAAUUUGCUGCAGAGUUGGGUAGAAUAUUUUCUUCUGUUUUUAGUUAGUUAUUCUUUUGCCUUGCGGCUAUUUAGUAAGAUUGUUUACUGCUCA